GGGUGGCAAAUGUGGGAGGUAAAAGCUUGCGUGGGUAUCGAUCGCUCAGCUAGGAACUACCCUUCGAAGAAAGUAAGGUCGCAGUAUUCUAUCUCUUACUGUGUGGACAGUACAAGCUCUAGUAUCCAUUGAGUUACCACGCGGGAUAGAUUUACUCUCAAUUUUUCCUUCAAACUAUCUCCCCCUUUAAUUUUAAUUAUUAUUCUUUAUAAUUUAACUAAUUAUUUAUCACACAAUAAGACCGAUAUUGUACUACUGUGCUAAAUUUAUGAUAUUAUCAUAUUAGUUUACGAUCAAUAUUUCCACAAGUCCCAAGAACAGAAGCGGUCACAGUCUUCUGUCGAUUUCAAGUGUGUCGCGCGUGUGCAAGCGUUAAGACAAAAAAAUAUAUAUAUAUUUUUUAUAAUUUUAGUGUGUGGAUAAAUUUUAUUUAUUUACAGAUUUAAUUAGAGUCUAAUUGUUACUUAUACAGUAAGAUAACAGCAAACGUCACCAUGGCGUUCGCAGGACUUAAAAAACAAAUCAACAAAGCGAAUCAAUACAUGACGGAGAAAAUGGGUGGGGCUGAAGGAACAAAACUUGACGUAGAUUUUGUUGAUAUGGAAAGAAAAACAGAUGUAACUUGUGAACUCGUAGAAGAAUUACAAAUGAAGACAAAAGAAUUUUUGCAACCGAAUCCAACCGCAAGAGCAAAAAUGGCAGCAGUAAAAGGAAUUAGUAAACUAAGUGGUCAAGCUAAAGCUUCGACUUAUCCACAACCUGAAGGUGUUCUCGGUGAUUGCAUGCUAUUGUACGGAAAAAAAAUGGGAGAAGACAGUAUUUUUGCGCAAGCUUUAAUCGAAAUGGGCGAAGCGAUGAAACAAAUGGCUGAUGUUAAAUAUUCACUUGACGAUAACAUAAAACAAAACUUUUUGGAACCUCUGCACCAUCUGCAGACUAAAGAUUUGAAGGAAGUUAUGCAUCAUCGAAAGAAACUUCAAGGCCGUCGGUUAGAUUUUGAUUGUAAGCGACGACGCCAAGCAAAGGCUAUGAUCAAAAACUCGGGCAGUCCUCACUUUGGUAGCCCAGCAAAAUCGAGUUUCACGUCAACUCAUGUGGACGACGAGAUUCGUCAAGCAGAGGAAAAAUUCGCGGAAAGUCUUCACUUGGCCCAGAUGGGAAUGUUCAAUCUUUUGGAAAAUGACGUGGAACAAGUCGCCCAGUUAGCUACUUUCAGUGAAGGUUUACUUGAAUACCACCAACAGUGCAUUGAAAUACUUAAAGUCUUAACUGAAACACUUUUAGAAAAGAAAGACGAGGCAGCCAAUCGACCGAAAUUGGAAUUUGUUCCCAAGACAUUAGCAGAUCUAAAUGUGGAAGGAUUGUCUCUUGGGGAUGGAAUGAAUGGUGGGAACUUCUUUCUUCACGGAGCAAGUCGAGCUGGGUCUCCGGUUCAUGGGGACGGGAAGCGCUCACAGCUCGAGCUAUUUCCGGCCGGAAACCCACCGCAAUCUACCAAUGCAUCUCCAUUACCGUCUCCUAGUAAAUCACCAGCAAGAACGCCAAUGCCCAAACAACCUUGUUGCACGGCACUCUAUGAUUUUGAGCCUGAAAAUCCGGGUGAACUUGGAUUUAAGGAAAAUGACACAAUUACAUUGAUCCAAAGGGUUGAUGAUAAUUGGUUUGAGGGAAGUGUAAAUGGUCGCACAGGAUAUUUCCCUGUGUCAUAUGUUCAGGUUGUUCAGCCAUUGCCAUAAGUAAAGCACGAUUACAUCGAUGCCAAAGAUAAAUAAUUUAGUGAAUUACCACCUCCACUAUCAACAAGAAUGUCCAAGAUAAAAAAAAGUAAUGAGUUGAUAAAUGAAACGAUAACUAUUCUUUAAUAGCCUAAACAGUAUACUGAUUCGCAUAAUGAUUUUAAGCUUCCUUCUUUUCAUGAAAGCUUUCAAAUGAAAAUUUUAUGAAAUUAUAUACCAACACAAGUUACUAUAAUAUAUCUUUUGCAGAUAAUCGUUCUCUCCAUACCUACGUUAAUGUACAUAAAUAUAUAUACCUAUAUAUAUAUAUAUAUAAAUAUAAAAUGUUAUCGUGUCUUUUAUUGAGGUGAAUAAUAAUUUUUUCGAUAAUCACGCGAAAAAUAAACACUUAAUUCAAUGCAUAAGACAUAAAAAUGAUGAUAAUGAUAAUAAUAUAAAUGAUAAUAAGCAUGAAUUAUAAAAUUGAAAUUUCCGAUUCAUAAAUUUCCUGUUUAAAAAAUCCUGUUGAUUCUGAUUACUACUAUUUCGUGUGUUGAUCUUUCUCUUUCUUUCUUUCACUUGUCUAUAUUAAUCUCUAAGAUAAAUAUUUUAAUGGAUUUUAAAAAUACUGACUACAUUAAAUAUUUAUUAAAGAAUUCCAUUACCCGUAAAAAAAAAAAAUGGUAAGAAAAAGGUGGAAAAAUGGUGACUAUUUAAAACUUCAAAACGUGACAACGAUGAACUUUUUUUAAACUUUUGAAAAUUCAAGGAAAAUUAAUUGAUUUAAUACACGGUAAAAAAAUUUUCGGAGUGAGUUCGGAGCGGAUGAAUGUUUCUUUAUUUAAUCUCGGAGUAAAAUUUACUUCGAAGGGGAGUUUAUUUUAAUAUUAAAACUCCGAAUCGCGAAGAAAUAAAAUCCAGAUCAUUCUGAAAUCACUCCGCCCCAUACGAAAAAAAUAUAUAUCCGGAUAUAUCCGGACAAAUCUGAAUAAAUGAGACAUAUAUUUAUAUAUAUGCAACAUAUUCCAGAUUUGCCCGGAUAUAUCCGGAUAUAUAUUUUUUUCGUAUGGAGCUAGAAAAACAAACCUCAUUUACUCCGUAUGUGGAGUGAUUUUUUCUCAAACUCCAGAACUCCGAGUGAUGGAGUCAAUUCAUAGUCACCGCGGGAAAAAAAAGUUGAUACCUGAGCAUAUCUAAUUUUAUAUGCGUUAAAUAUCGUGUAAAGAAUUUUCAUGUCUCUUCUUACCUGACUAUAUCUGAUUUUAUGAAAGUUAAAUAACUUGUAAGAAAUUUUAUGUAUUAUCAUAUAUGUUCAUUCUUGACCAUAUCUGAUCUUACACAAGUUGAACAUCAUGUAAAAUUUUUUUACGUUCCUUCAUAUAUGAUCAUAUAUGACCAUAUAUAUUCUUAUCCGGCCUGUAUAUCGGUUAAAAACUUUUUAUGUAUCUUCAUAUAUGUUCAUAUAUAUAUCCAUAUACAAUCUUAUAUGGUCAUAUCUAAUUUUAUAUAGCCAGGUAUGAACUUUUUUUUCCCGGGACUUCGAAUUCACUACCGAUUUUUUAGUGUCCUAUCAAAAUAUACUAAAAAAAAAAUAUGAGAAAUAAUUAAAAAUCAUUUUUUUUUUACUGUAUUUUGCACUGAAAAAAACGAUAAAAUUUAUCACUUUUAAUGAAAAGUCACAAAAGACGAAAAAUAUUCAUCUAUACACUAAAAAUUUUUUGGAUGCGGUCCAGUAUAAAUGACAGUAAAAAUUUUGUUGCAAAAUUCAAUCGGAAAAUAACAAUUUUUUUUUUUUAACUUUCCGAUUUCCGAUCAACUUUCAAUCGAAUUCAUCCGAAACUUUCCGAUUCAGAAGUUUAAAAAAAUUUUCUCGUUGUGUCAUAUUUUGAAGUUUAAGCCAACGUUUUCUCAACGAUUUUUUUUACACGGGUACUUGUAAUUAUUAUUAUCGCUAAUAAUGAUAAUAAUAAAUAAAAAAAAAGACAGGCUUGAAUAAGUAAAAUAAUACGUAAUAAUUAACGAAUAUUUUGUAUAAAUAUUUAAGAUAUUGAAUCGAAAAAUGAAUUUCGUUUAAAUUUUAGCUCAAAUUUUUUGCAAUAAAAAUUUAAGUAAAGUAAUAAUAUGUAAAUUAGUAUUUUAAAUAAGUUUAUAAAGUAUUUAUUAAAAUUAUUUUGUCAGUAUUUAAUAUUCGCGGUAAGAAAAUUUAAAUAAUUUUUCCCAUCAGUUUUAAUUGGAUCUUUUAAUCAGGGUUUUUAAUUUCAAGUUAAUGAGUUUGAACGAUGAUUAUAAUUUUAAGUAGUAAACUUACGUAUUUUUAAGUUGCAGUAGAGAAUUCUGUAAAUUUUUUUUUAAUUAUUUAAUUGAUAGAGUAAAUUAUUGUAAUUGUAGUUUGUAUGUAGUAGUAAUUUAGUGCGCAUCAGUGAGUGAACGAUACUAGUAAAUUUAAAAAAUUAUUACGAUUGAAUUUUUAUAACAAUGAAUUUAUUUUUACCCAGUUCUUUAAUUUUUAUAGAAUCGUUUAUUGUUAAAAUUUCUAAUUGCCAAAAAAAUUAAUUGUUGAAUUUUUUAUUUACUAGUAAACUUUUUUGAUAAUUUAUUUACUAAUUAACUUUAUAUACUCAAGUAAUUACUUACAAUAACGUACAUUAGUUAUUAUUAUGUUGUUACUUUUUAAACUUAGAUCUGUUAUUAUUAUAUUUGUUUACUUACGCGUAAAAAAAAAAACGUGAAUUAAUUUGUACAUGAUUAUGAGUUAAGAUUAAUUGUAUUUGUAUUAUAAUUAUUAUUUAUUAGUAUGUUUAUUCAUUGAUGUUUUUUUUAUAUAAAUAUUGAUAAUUGUAUUGGUGUGUAUGAUAAAAAAAUUGUAAUUAAAUAUAAUAAUCAUAUAAAUAUUUAAAUAAUUAUUUAAUAUUUAAUAUGAAUUAUUUCAUUUUACGUUUUUGUAUUAAUGAUAAAACGAGAGAGUGAAAGAAAGAUUGAGAAAAUAAUAAACUCAUAAUAAACUUUUGAAUUUAAAAUAAUGAAAAAAAAAAUUAAUUAUUGACGUUGACGAAAAAAAGUAUCCGAGUUAUUCACCUGAAAUUAAAUAUUUAAAAAAUGAAAGUAAAUUUAUGAAUUUGGUUAAAAUAUAUCUGUUGUCAUAUGGUUUUAGAUAUAUCUCUUUAAUCGAUACAUUUUUCUUAAGUGUAUAAAAAUAUAAAUUUAAAAAAAAAUUAAACUCGAGUAAAGAGCAACCUUAGAGUGCAUUUAUAAAUCAUAAUACAUAUAAAUAUAUAUAUGCAGGACGUCAUUUACAUAAUUAUAUCGCUCUAUUGAGUUCCAUUAAAUAUUUCUUAUAUAAAAUUCAGUAUAAAAAUAAAUUAUCUCUACUUUUUUUUUUUCAUUUAAUUUUUUUUUUUAAAUUUCCUGUGUAACAAAAAGUUUUGUCCAAAAAAAUUCCAACGAAAGUUCGACGUGGAACUUCUGAAUUUGAGACAGAUUAGAAUUUCAAGUAGAACUUUUUCUGAACAUUUGUGAUUUUGAUAGAAAAAAAAAAAUUUAUGUUUUCAAAAAAGAAAGUUUUCAAAAUGUAUUUUUACCUUUUACCCAUAAAAAUAAAAAAACGUCUAUAAAAAUUCAAAAUUCAAGGUGUUGAUGUUACAUUCCGGGGUAUCAUCCCAGAUUGAUUAAAAAUAUAAAUAAAUUUUUGUUAUUAAUUUAAAUGUUCAGGUUCCCUGGUAGAAAUUUUUCGGAAUUUUCUCUGAAAAACUCAAUUCUAAAGUUCUAAAGACUUUUUCAGAGUUUUUCAGAGAAAAGUCCGAAAAAUUUCCACCAGGGUUGACAUCAUUGGGGGUCUAUAGACCCGAGGCGUGUCCGUCGUCGAUUAUUAGUGAUUAUAAUUUGCUAUAGAUGUUCGUCGGCUGACUGUCUGUUCUGUCUCCGCAGAUCCAAUACAAAAAAAUUAUAAAAUUAUAAAUCGUCCAACGUCGCAAGAUCGUCGUCGAGGCCCGGGUCUCAUGCCUCGUCAUGAGUUUAGACUACGGGCCACGACGGUGUUCGCGGAAUCUCUUAUCUGCUGUAGUUACUCUGUUGAAUAAUUUUUCUUCAUUAGAGUGACCAAAGUUUUAUUGUAUAUUACCAAUGGAAAUUUAAAAAUUUUUAUUUAAAUAUAAUUAAAGCCAGAACGUAACAUUGAACUUUUUCAAAAUGAGGGUAAAAUGUAGUAAAAAUAUGUUUUAAAAACGUUCUUUUAUUACUUAAGUUUCCCUCACAUAAAAUCCUAGAUAAAUUUUUUAUUUUUUUUACUAUCAAUCAAAAUUACAAAAGUUCCACUCAAAGUUCUAAUCUGUCUCAAGUUCAGAAGUUUCACGUCGAACUUUUUCAAAAUCUUUUUGGAACAAAUUUUUACACAUGGGUGGUUUUAGUUAGUGGGUAAAAUUGGAAAAAAAAUUUUGAAAGCAAGGGGCGUAUAAAGCCCUAUGUCAUUUUGGCUUUCAAAAUUUUUUCUUUUUAAUUUUGGCCAUAAAAUAAGUCUACAAACGAUUGUUCAAAAAAAGCUCCACUUAAAGUUCUAAUUUGCCUCAAAUUCAGAAAUUCCACGUCGAACUUUUUCUGAAUUUUUUUUAUACGGUUAUCAAAAUAUUUUUUUUUGAAUUUACUUUAUUGACUUAUUGUUUUCCAAAAAUUAAUUUAAAUUAUAAAUAUCAAAGUAAAUAAUUUUUAUUCUGUAAUUUAUAUAAGAAAUAUAUACUAGUUAGUUCACGACUGUCGAUUUUAGAAAACUCUGUAUCGUCUUACAUCGUCAGUAAUGAUAUUUAUAUAUUAGAAUGAAUUAUUUAUAAAGAUAAAAUAAAUAAUGACGAUGAUGACAGUGAUGAAAAAUUAUCAUUCCUGAUUAGAAAAAUAGUAUUAUUGUUAUACAGAAUUUAAAAAAAAAUAAAUAAAAAAAUGAAAAAACUUAGAAGGAAAAUAAAGCAAAGGAUUUUUAGUUAACUGGAAUAAAUAUUUACAAUUCCAUGUUUUAAGUAUAUAAAUAUGUAUUAUUGAGAACAAUAAAUUAAUGGAAAUAAUAUUCAUAAAUUUAUGUUGUCUGACGUUAAAUUUUUAAUUCGACGGCUGGAGUAUUAUGGCAUUUAUUAAAUUAAAAAAAAAAAUAAUACUGUUAUUAAUUUUGUUAAUUAUGUAGAAAUUGUAGAGCAAGUAUGAGUUUAAAAGUUUAAAUAAAAAUAAUUAAAUAUCUUGAAUAUUAAUUAUUUAAGAAUGACAGAGAUGGGCCAUUUUUUUUACUUUUAAUGAUUUUGUUGAUAAAUUUUUUUCAAAUUAAGGGUGUGCAUCCCUACAGAGAAUUUCUUUACAUUAUAAAAUCUCACAAAGUUUUUCCUACACGAAUCAAUUCUACAGAUAAAUUUUACAUCGCAAUAACUCUACAGAAGAUUAUUUUCUCAUCGUUCCAUCUCUGCAUGAGAACAUCUCUCAUAUUAAAAAUCUUUACAGAGAUAAACUCCACAGAGAUCAACUCUAGAGCGAUCAUUUUUACAUGGCGGUAAAUUCAAACAAUAGAAUUUUUGUUUUGACAUUUUAUUAAUAAAGUUGGUUUGUUAUAUAAAAGAGAGAAUGAAUGAAAGUGAAAUUAAAUUAUUUAAAUAUUACAAAAGUGACGACUCAUCUCGACACAAAUAAAAUAUAUCAAUAAAAUGUAAAAACAAAAAUUCUACUGUUCGAACUUCGCGCCAUGUAAAAAUUAUCGCUGUAGAGUUGAUCCUGUAGAGACUUUUAAUAUGAGAGAUGUUCUCAUGCAGAGAUGGAACGAUGAGAAAAUAAUCUUCUGUAGAGUUGUUGCGAUGUAAAAAUUUAUCUGUAGAGUUAAAUCGUCUAGGAAAAACUUUGUGAGAUUUUAUAAUGCAGAGAAAGUCUGUAGGGAUGCACCACCCAAAAUCAGUAGUCAAUAAAAAUUUUUGAAAUAAAAAAAUAUAAUUUUUACAGUAAUUAUUAUCGUGAUUAAUUAAUAAAAAAGAGGAUUAAUGUAGAAAAUAUAUUAAUUACAAAGUACAAAGAUUUUAAAUAAUAUGAGCGUUUAAUAAAAUUUAUUUCAUUAAAAUAAUUAAAAUUAUUUAUCAUCAAUAUUUAAUUAUAAAAAAAAAACAUUUUCAUUGCAAAUAAAAAUAAAAGUAAUAAUUUAAAUUAUUAUUGAAUUGAUAAUUAAUUUAAAAUUUAUUAUUGACAAGUAAAAAAAUUAUUUAACAAUAAAAUAAGAAAAAUUUUCUACCCUUGAUUAAGAAAAAUGAUUUAAUCCAAGCUAAGUGUAUAUCUAUAUAUUAGUCGAUUCAAAUUUUUCUGAAUCAUUUCAAAUAAUUUUUCUUAAUCAGGGACAUUAAUCCAAGUAGAAUAGAAUUUUUAAAAUAAAAAUAUAAACAGUAUAUGUAUAAAUAUUAACAAACGGUCUAAAAAUAAAUUAAUUAAAAUAUAAAAUUAUUAAAUAUCUUAAAUAUUGUUCGGCCCGCCUGUCUUACAUCUUAAAAUUUGGAAUUAUGACGUUGCUCUAAAACUUCUCUGUACCCAGACAACUCCGUAGCAAUUCUCUACCUAAAAUAUGUCUAUCGUAAAACAAAUCUAUCUUUAAUAAAUCAAAAAAAAAAAAAAAAAAUUGAUAUUUGAAACAAUGAAUAAGAAAUUUACUACUUUCAAGUACGAAACUUGAACCAUUUACUGAAAAUGUAUGAAGAUAAAUCGGAAUAUAUCAGGAUGGGUGUAGAUGGAUGAGGAUAAUCAUGUAUUUUCCUAUUCAUUUCCACAAUUAUUCCUCGAUUUCCGACGUCAGAAAUCGCAAAUUGCAAAUCUCAAAUUCGACUCCAUCGUCCAUCUUACGGCAUUAAAUUGAUUACUCCAAAAGAUCUAAAUUCAAAACAACUCUCGUUAAGCUCAAACUUAACUCCGAUCUUUUCUAUUUAAGGCUGUCCGAAAUAACGGUAUCCUUUAUCGACUUGACUAUAAAAUCAUCAGUAACUGAACAAACUUGUUAGUUUCCGAGUAAAAAUAAUUCGUUCUAAAAAUUUUCAAUUUAAAGUUCAGAAUUAUUUCAAAUUCGAAGUUCACUAUCAUGAACAUUUUGGAAAAUUUUUUGAACGAAUGAUUUUUACACUGGUAGUUUUGUUUUCGAUAAACCUCCCUAAUUAAAAAUUACGAUUGGAACCUCUGAAUUCCGAUUGACUCCGACUGCAUCCGAUUGAAACGAUAGACUUUCAAACGGAAUUCAUUGGUUUCAAUCGGAGUUUUUAAUCAGAGAUUUCAGGUAGAGAAAUACUACGGAGCUUUGCGUAUAGAGAAGUUCUAGCGACCUGUCAUAAUGCCUAAAAUUUAUUGUGAAAAAUAAACCAUGAUGAAGUUCAUACUCUGUCAAUUAAGAAUAAAGGUAAUAAAGAAAAUAAACAUAAAAAAAUAAGUAAUGAAAAUAAAAAUAAUAGCGAUAAAGAGUGUAAGGCAAUAAGACCUCUGUAAAAGGCUAAAGUUGAGAUUCAGGUGACAGAAUUUACUUACAGAAACAUAAUUUAUUAUGAUGAAGUAAAAUAAUCGAUAUUAUUAAAGAUACUGAAUCGAAUUGCUUGCAAUUAAAUGCUCGAAUUAAUUUUCGUCAUUAUAUCUCUUUAAAUCGAGCGUAUGAAAAAAAAUAAUUAACAACUAAAUGCAAUUAUAAAUAAAAAAAAAAAAUUAAUUAAA